AUCCUGCAUAAAUUAUACAGUAGCCGGCCAAAAAAUUUCUAAUGUCGAUGUGCGGUGCAUGGCGGUCUAGAUUCUGAUGAUUUUUGGAUACUUUUGUUAAAUGAUGGACAGUAUAGAGGUGUUAGAUGAUUUAUCAGGAGUAGGCAGUGAUGCAAUACGAUGUCUUACAGACGGACAUUUAUCACAUGAUUCCGAAGACAACACAGGAUGUGAUGAUGUCGUUCUUGGAGAACCAGAAAUGGAUGAAGAAACUGCUCCAGUAGCAUACGGUACAGUAGAAGGGGAAACAACCUGUGUAACAUCAACUACUUGUUUAUCGCUGGUUGGAUCAUCAGGGGUUGCAACUAUAUCGCCAAUAACAUCUGAACAAGUCAUAGGUCUAGGUCUACUUUUACAAACUUCUGAGGGUCAAGAAAAAUCUCAGCAUGAAGAACAUAAUUUACCUGUAACUGAUGUUCCACAGAUGUUACAAGCGGUCACUUUUGCAGACGGCACAACAGCAUUCAUACAACAUAACAAAGCUGAUGUUAAGUUUACUGAAGGUCAAACAUUAACCUUAGAAGAUGGGACCACAGCUGUUGUGCAAAAUAUGACCCCAAGAGAGGCUCCACAAGAACAACAACAAGCAACACAUAAAAUAGUAGAAGGUCAACCUAUACAACUUGAAGAUGGCACCAUGGCUUAUUUACAAACUACUAAAGGCCCAGAUGGACUUCAAGCUAUUACCUUAGAAGAUGGAACAACAGCAUAUAUUGCCCAUCCUAAUCCUGAUGCUUUAUUUGCUGAGGCUACUGGUUUGGAUGGAGCUUUACCUAAUUUAGAACAAAUGACUCAGGUAACACAAAGCCCAGAACUCUCUGAAGAAGGGGAAAUCAAAGCAGAAGUCAACGACCCAGGAACCAUUAGAAUUGUAGAUCGUGAUAAUCAAGAAAGAACCCUUCCAUUUGGUGAUAAAGCUUUCCGGUGUAUGUAUGGUAAUUGCGGUAGAUUAUAUACAACUCUUCAUCAUUUAAAGGUUCAUGAAAGAUCACAUACAGGUGAUCGACCUUUUAAGUGUGAUUUUGUUCAAUGCGGCAAGGCGUUUGCUACUGGUUAUGGGUUAAAGAGUCAUCGUAGAGUUCAUACAGGGGAGAAACCAUAUAAAUGUUCUGAUGGUAAUUGUGAUAAAGCUUUCAAAACAUCUGGUGAUUUACAGAAACACGUGAGAACACAUACAGGAGAAAGACCUUUCAAGUGUCCAUUUGAAGGAUGUACAAGAUCUUUUACCACCUCUAAUAUAAGAAAAGUUCAUAUCAGAACUCAUACUGGUGAACGACCUUACACUUGUUCGGCUGAAGGCUGUGGUAGAUCAUUCGCUAGUGCAACUAAUUAUAAGAAUCAUGUUAGAAUACAUACUGGUGAAAAGCCGUAUGUUUGCACGGUACAAGGUUGUGGUAAAAGAUUUACAGAAUAUUCUAGUUUAUAUAAGCAUCAUGUGGUUCAUACUCAUUCCAAACCAUAUGAAUGUACACACUGUGGUAAAACAUAUCGCCAGACAUCUACACUGGCCAUGCACAAACGUACCGCACAUGGAGAAGAAAUAGCUAUACAUGAGGCAGAAGCUCAGUUAUUCACGCAAGUUGAAGGUGAUGAAACUGACCCUAAGCGUCCUCGUUUACAGUAUAUUGCUACAGCUGAGAGUAGUUCUGGUCAGGAGGAAGGGGAAGGCAUGUUAGUGAUAAAUACAUCGGAAGCCUCUCAGGUGUCAAAUUUGGAAAACGUUCAGCUGGUACCUGAUGAUCAGGCACAUACAAUACAAGUGUCCUUACCAUGCCUUCAACAGUUAGAACAACAACAUACUAUAUCAGGUUUUACUAUCAAUGAACAAGGUCAACAAGUAUUAGUUGUUACUGAUCCUAUUCAAUUAGAAGCCUUACAAGCUAGUUUACAGCACCUUACAGGUACAGCUCAAAUAGAAGGUGUAGAUUGUACUGCUGUUUUAUCUACAACUACUACGACUACAACCUCAGCAGACACUAUUGUUCCUGAAACUGAUACAACCUCAGCUGAUAUCACUAAUACAACAGACACAUCAUCUUUAGUUACUGUGAAAGUAGAAUUGUAAUUUCUUACAUUGUUUGUUAAUUAUUCUUAAAAGUUACAGUAAUCAACUUUAAUGAAACUACCGAAUCUGUUAUAAUUUAUUAAAAUAAUUUAUAAUUCAUGCAUGUUAAAUAUCUAAACCAUCAGAAACAUCUACAUUAUGGGAAGAUAAACAACAUCUACAUUAUUGAAGAAUGAAGAUGUACACCAUCUACAUAAUUGAGCAAAGAAAUUAUCCAUUCAAGAGAGGAGAAAGAAAGCAUCCGUUUUAGGAUGAUAAUUUGUCAAGUGUGUUAAACCAUAAGUCCAUUCUAUUAUACUCCCACAGCACCUAAUAUCGUUGGGUUAGUCACAGUGGUCGUAGACGAAUUUUAGGGGGUACUGAAACAAAAGUGAGAUCCAUUUUUACGCAGGGUUUCAUAUCUGUCACCAGUCGAUUUAUUUCAGAAGAUAGAUACCAAGCUAAUACUUGACACUGAUUUUGAGCAUAAACAUCUUUUCGGCAUUGUUGACUUGACAGAUUUGACUUCAGGUACCUCAGUAACGUUUGUGUGACCUGGUGUGUAAUUGUUGACAAAAUUGAGUUAUGAAUUAUGAAUUUGUUAAUGAAUGGAUCUGAUAUGCGAAAAUUGUAUGUUUAUGAAUGAUUGUUUUAGGGUGUAAUAAUGGCAAAAGGUCGCAAAAUCCACCAUUACGGGUUUGCAAAUGGUUUACAAUAGUGUAGAAUUAUGCACGCAAUGUUAAAUAUUUAUCAAGUCUGUUUAUUGUUUGUUAAUUAAAGUAUUGUUAUUUGAUUAUGGUAAAGUAACCAUUUUUUUUUUCGUUAUAAAAAAAUAAAAUUGACAUCCAGUAACAGAUACCAUUUGGUGUGUGUAAAGCAGCUGUGUGAUUAAAUUUCAGUGAAUAAACUAGUUAAGCCACUCAGAAAUCUUUAACCUAAACUAUUCAAAGCUCUGUGAUACACAAACAGUCUGUAUGUGAGGUUGGCCAUAAGUCUGAACCAAUAUCAGAAUUAUAAUAAUUAAUAUUCUCAAAUAUCAGAAGAAUGAAUACCUAAUUUUUGAGUUAAUUUUUUAAGUUACCUGUUUUAAUUAUUCAUUUGAAAUACAUGUACAUGUAUUAUAAAAUAUUUGGAUCAUCAUAUGGCUAAUAUUUUUGAAUUUGUUGAAUGUUUUAUAAAUAGAUUUACCAUUAAAUAUUUUUUCUUAUAUACUUUUUAAAUAAAUUGCUCAUGUUAUAAAAAAGACCAAUAGCUGUAAUUAAAUGGUUUGUAAAUAGUGUACAUUGAUUAAAA